AUGGCAAGACAGAAUUUCAUUGGUUUGGUGGUGUCUCAAGGGAAGAUGCAAAAGACGGUCAAAGUCAGAGUGGAGAGGAAAGUGUUUGACAAGAGAAUUAAUAAAGAAUUGAUGAAAAGAAAGGAUUUCCUUGUCCACGAUGAAGGUGAAAUCACUCGUGAAGGUGACUUGGUCCGUAUAGAGGCUACCAGACCUUUAUCUAAAUGGAAGUCUUUUGCCAUUGCAGAGAUUAUCAGAAACAAAGGUCAACAAUUUGCUCUUUUUGAAUCACAAGCCAAGGAUGACGUCUUAAAAGAGGAAAUGCAAAAAACAAAAGAGUUCUUGGAGAGAAGAGAAGCCAGACUAGGCCACACGGAUAGCCAACUUCUAAAGGAUGUCAAGUUUUUACAGUCAUAUUUUGGGAAAGUCAACAGUGAAGGUGGAAAUGAGGCACAAGCAAAUGAGUUGAAGCAGGAAUUGGAAAAGAUAAAGCAAAGAUACGGUGUACAAGAGUUCACCCCCAAUACAGUUAAGCAACUGAUAAAAUUAGAUAUUCAAGGAGUCGAAGAAGACUUAAUAGAGCAAAAGUCUAAGAUAGAUGCCAUGCAGGGCAAACUCAACGACCUAUUGCAAGAACCUUCAAAAUGUAUAGAAUAUCUUAAACAAAGAGGUGUCGAGUCCCCAGAACUAUUGCAGAAAAAUAUAAUGAAAAACCUUGUACGGAAGCACGUCUUAAAGGAACUAUAA